UGUAAGUGUCAAGAUUGUUUGUUUACAGCAGAGUUUGUGUGCUACGGAUUUAGUCUUUAUGCAGCAGAACCUAGUCUGUUGAUUGGAAUCACAACGAUCUCCUUAACACUUUACUGCAUUUCUCUGACUCUAACCAUUUGCGUUUCAAAAUGUUGGGUGUUAUCGUUUCUGGACGACUGGCCCAAACUGACUUCCAGCGAGUAGAGGAGUCGAAAUUCCUGAUAAAUAUCCCGGAUGCUGACAAUAUCAAUCACAUUGUCGUGUUCCUCACUGGAGCCGUACCACUGCCACCGGGAAUGGCGGGCGCUGUGUAUUUCAGUUGGCCGGACCCGAACGCCCCACCAAACUGGCAGUACUUAGGAUAUAUUUCCAACAACAAGGCAUCUGCGAUAUUUAAGAUAUCACAAUUGAAGAAACUGCACGAAAUGGAUGCGAUAGACAAUCAAAUGAGCAUAUUCGGGCAGCAGCCGAUUUCCCACAUCGCCCAAAUUGGCGUUUCCAUUGAAAGUGAAGCAAGUGUGAUACAGCUGACGCCAGCGGCGUCGACUACUAACUACUUACAAUUUGCUCAAAAAAUGCUAGAGAAUUUCUUCAAUUUUUCAUCAAGUUUUGCCGUGACCCAAGCGCAAAUGGUUCCGAAUCCUUCUGAAACGUUCGUCCCACUUUCCACAUUACAGACAUGGUUUACUAACUUCCAACGUAGGUUAGAGCAAAAUCCCAACGUUUGGAAAUUGUUAUAAACUAAUUUGUCACACUGAAAGGAUUUUGUUAAUAGAAUUUACGAAAGUAAUUGGUAAAUAGCGACGAAGUAAAAGCAAUGAGUUUCACAUGUAUUAGGGUUCGUUGCGUUCUUAUGAAACCUUUUAAGAAAUCUUAAAAUAAAAAGAGCUGCUGUUUAAAUGAAA